CCAGAAAUUGUUGAAGCCAUUUCUAGUUUCUCCCUCAUGUGUUCAGAAGCAGGUAGCCACAGGAAGCUUGUUUCUUAGCACCAGACCAGGCACUCCGCCUGAUCCAAGUAUUUCCGCACCGUGGCUUGUGGCAAGAUCGGCUUGCCUGAGUCUGACUUGCGUCGCUGUAAACGGGAGGUUUCUCGAUUUGUCGUUUAAAUUGGAGCCAUGGCCUCCACAGCGACCGCUCAGCUCGUGCAGAACCACGUCAGCACCGUCGCGCAAUCAUCCCGGUUGCCAGCGGCAGCCACCAGCGCUAAGUCCGCCGUGUCCUUCGCGGGUUCCGAGCUCCACGGGUCUGCCUGCCGAACCCGCACGACUCAGUCCGUCGCCUGCAAUGCCUCGCAAAAGCGGGCCGUGCGGCCUCGGGCAUCAGCCGACGAGCCCCUGCUGGUGCGCGCGGCGCGCGGGGAGGCCAUCCCCCGCCCCCCUGCGUGGAUGAUGCGCCAAGCGGGGCGCUACAUGGCGGCCUACCAGCAGCUCUCGAAGCGCCACCCCUCCUUCCGCGAACGUUCCGAAACGACGGACCUCAUCGUGGAAAUCACCCUUCAGCCGUGGCGCGCGUUUGGCCCCGACGGCGUUAUUCUGUUCUCGGACAUUCUGACGCCGCUGGAUGCGAUGGGUAUUCCGUUCGAGAUCGACGAGAACAAGGGCCCCGUUAUAGACAGCCCCAUUAGGACGACGGAGGCGCUCAAGGCGCUGACGCCCGUACAGCUGGAUAAGCUGCAUUUCGUGGAUGACUCGUUGAGGCAGAUCCGGAAAGAGAUCGAAGGGACUGCUGCUCUCCUCGGUUUUGUGGGCGCCCCCUGGACUCUGGCCACCUACUGCGUGGAGGGUGGCACCACGCGCACGUACACCAAGAUCAAGGGCAUGAUCCACAGCGCGCCGGACGUGCUGCGGGCGCUGCUGCAACACCUGGCCAAUGAGAUUGCGACAUAUGCGGCCUUCCAAGUGGACGCGGGCGCGCAGUGCAUCCAGGUGUUCGACUCGUGGGGCGGGCAGCUGCCACCCGACCAGUGGGACGAGUGGGCCAAGCCGUACAUCAUUGAGGUCAUUUCCCAGCUGAAGAAGAAGCACCCCACAGUCCCCGUGGUGCUCUACGCCAAUGGCAGCGGGGGCCUCAUGGAGCGCAUGGCCACCACUGGGGCUGACGUCAUCGGGGUGGACUGGACCAUCGACAUGGCGGAUGCUCGCGCGAGGAUUGACGGGGCACUCAAGGCUAGCCCUGGUGGAAGUGAGAAGCCUCGCCUGUCGGUGCAGGGGAACGUGGACCCCGCUGUGCUGUUUGCCUCCAAGGAUGCCAUCACAGACGCCAUCAACCGCUGUGUGGCCAAGGCGGGUUCGCGGGGCCACAUUCUCAACCUGGGCCAUGGCGUGUUGGUGGGGACUCCCGAGGAGAGCGUCUUGCACUUCUUUGAAACGACGCGCUCCCUCAAAUAUGCCGAGCAGCCUGUGGCCGCAAAUGUGGCAUAGACUAUGCUCUGUUGCCGUACUAGUGCAUUCUUGUUGUCUAACACGAGCAUGCCUUAGGCAAUGAUGUGGCUUAUACUAAAUUGGUUGUCACUUAUGUUGCCUAAUAAAUAGCUUCAGUACUU